UCCCGGGCCGCGUCGGGCGCCGGGGUCGGGGUGGAGGGAGCGGCGAGUGCGGCUGGAUGCGGCCCCCCCCCCCCCCCGCCCGCCAUGCUGACCCUCAUGGCCAACUGCUGCAGCUGCCUCAACCGCUGGCGGGACCCCGUCAGAAAGGUGACCCUUGUGAUGGUGGGACUCGAUAAUGCUGGUAAAACUGCAACAGCAAAAGGCAUCCAAGGAGAGUGUCCUGAAGAUGUAGCUCCAACUGUUGGAUUUUCCAAAAUUGACCUUAGACAAGGAAGAUUUGAAGUCACCAUCUUCGAUUUGGGAGGAGGAAAGAGAAUUCGUGGCAUCUGGAAGAAUUACUAUGCUGAAUCUUAUGGAGUCAUAUUUGUGGUGGAUUCCAGUGAUGAAGAGCGAAUGGAGGAGACAAGAGAGACAAUGACUGAAGUUCUAAGACAUCCCAGGAUAUCAGGAAAGCCAAUAUUGGUAUUGGCAAAUAAGCAAGACAAAGAAGGGGCGUUAGCAGAAGCAGAUGUAAUAGAAUGUUUAUCUCUGGAAAAACUUGUCAAUGAACAUAAAUGCCUGUGUCAAAUAGAGCCUUGUUCAGCAGUUAUGGGCUAUGGAAAGAAGAUUGACAAAUCCAUAAGAAAAGGACUUUAUUGGCUUCUGCACAUCAUUGCAAAAGAUUUUGAUGCCUUAAAUGAGCGCAUCCAGAAAGAUACUUUAGAGCAACGAGCUUAUGAGGAGCAAGAGAAACUGGAGAGAGCUGAACGAGUGAAAAAGCUUCGUGAAGAAAGAGAGCAACGAGAAAGAGAAGAAGCAGAACAUGAAGGGAGAAACAGACCUUUUGAGGUGGAAACAGAGCCAAUCGUUAAUAAUCCCUUUCAGCCUAUAGCUGCUGUAAUACUUGAGAAUGAAAAAAAAACUGAAAAAGAGAAAAAAAAGCAGAUGAUGGAGAGUGGUAGAGACGACACUCCUCUGAAAUCUAAUCCUGAGCAGGAACAAAUGGAGACACAGAGCCAUACCAGCUGUAGUAGCCAAAAAAUAAAUGAGUGUGGACUAGUAGAGACUUAUAAAAUGGCAUUAACACAGCAAUUGGAGAAUGAAGAUGAGAUUGACCAACAGUCCUCAGAUUGCCUUGACCCAGAUAACAGUAAGAAGAAAACAAAGAAAUUGAGACUAAAAAGAAGCCAUCGGGUAGAACCUGUCAAUACUGAAGCAUCUGAUGCUAAAACUCCAACACCACCUCCACCACCUCUUCCUGUUGGCUGGGGAACCCCCAAAGUCACUAGACUUCCAAAACUUGAGCCUCUUGGUGAAACCCGUCACAAUGAUUUCUAUGGGAAGCCUCUGCCUCCGCUGUCUAUCCGACAAAGACCUAACAUCGAGACCCAUGAUGUCAUCCACUAACCAAAUCCCUAGUGAUAUUUAUUUUUCAAGAAUAACAGGUUUUUAAUGGUGAAAUUAAUUUAAGACAAAUAUCUUUAAAAACAAAACAGUAAAAACACUACACAGUGAAAUUGCCAUUACAUCAAGAGGACACAUUUGAAUCCCUCGGGAUGGUAUUUCAACCACAGGUUCAGUUGUACUUAAUUUUUCUACUGGACUUAUCAUUCAGAACAUACGCUGGCUCUUUGUGAUUUAGACUAAAGGAAAAGGACAAAAUCAAUAAUAGACUUCACGUGAAUGUGUAGACUGGAAACAAACUGGCACUUUAGUGUUCACCGUUGGGUUUAUAAAACAGCGUUAAUGGCCAAAGUUAUGAUGGACGUACCUUCAAGCCAAGAGCCGUUGAAUCCUGCACAUUGUAGCUCAUUUGUUGAAUAAUCAGUUAUUUCUGUACUUAGGUAAUUUUAUAGGAUAUUCUUUGCAUGGUAAGGGAAAGCCUGGGAAUUCUAAGACAAAGUUUUUAACUCUAUUUUUAUAUUUUUUUCUAAAGUUUAUGUUGGCGAAUUUGUAUUCACUUAGGUGAUACUGAUUUCUAGCCAUAGGGAUUCUUUUUGUCAUCAUCUUAAUGGAGUCUAGAAAGUGAUACAGACUUAUGGUGUAACCAUUCUAUGUAAGACAUAUUUAUGUUGCUUGUGUAUUUUCUUUCCAAUAAUAAUAAUACAUUCCCAUGAGAAGACUAGCUUUGCCUGCAUUUGGUAACAGAUAUCCUAUUCCAAAUUAUGCUAGUUCAGUGGAUUACCCAAAGAGUGUUUAAUAUUUGAACUGUUUUUUUAAUAAAUGAAAGAAAUUUGGAGUUUCUUCAAUCAGUACCUUUUCUUUUCAUAAAUUAAACUGUAUUCCUAUUUGAGUGCCCUUCCUGAAUGAGUUUCAGAAUAAUGAGCCGGACUCUCCCAUUGUCCAAGCUCCUCCGUAGUUGUAAGAUAUUUACUUUUUUAAAGCUACUUUAAUUCUGCCUCUAGGUUACUACUUACUGCAUGAAGGGAGAAGUGCUAAGACUUGUCUCCCCUGCCAACAGCAUAACAGUGAUGCUGGGGGCUUAAAGCCAUUGGCUGAGAAAUUGGGCAAGUAUUUUUGAAACUGUUGGAUGACACCAUUUUUCUUUAGGGAUUCCUAAGAGAAGUUCAGAAGUUCAGGUCCACUGACCCUUCCAGCCCAGUAAACCUCCAGAGAGCGUAAGUGGUUUUAGGGCUCCCCUGCUCACAUGUUCCUAAAGACUCAGGUGAGGUUCAGAGACUGCCCAGUGGGACCAGGACCUGUAGCUCCUUCCCCACACACUUCAUCCCCAUCAGAUCCUCUAGCUUCUUUGAGCCAGGAUCCUUGGAGAGUCUCCUUAGCCAGGGUUGAAUGACAUUUUUCUGCUGCACUGUGUGCUGAAUUUUCCAGCCCUGCUGAUAAGAUACUUCGGGGUAAGAGCAACUGGAAAGGUGUCUAUCAAAAACCACCUUAGCAAUUCCCUGAAAGAGCAGCUAUUACAUCUUCGAAAAGCACAGUUUAAAACCUGGAAGUAACCUGUGCAUCCAGAAUGCAGUGUGAUAAGAAAUAAAAGUGGUGGUGGUGGACUAUAGAUUGUUCAAAUAUAUUGACUGCCCCAACUAUAAAGCAAAUAGAGAUGAUACUUCACGUUAAAAGUAACAUAGCGUAGUUUUAAGUUUAGGCAAUAAUCCAGUGUUGAGUGUGAUUGUAUGUAUAGGUAUGUAAACAUUACCAAACAUUUUGCUCUUGACUAUAGGUUCAUUCUAACCUCUGUAUUGAUAGGUUGGAAUGACCCUAAAGAAAAUGAUAUGACUAAAUUAACUUUGUUGAAAUAGUUACUUUCUACUUGAAUGGGAAGCUGAAACUAGCUAUCAUCUAAGCAGAAACACUAAUCAAUACUGCCAAAGCAGUUUAAAAACUAAUAAAUUUCACAUCGUUGAACUUUGACUACCUUCACUGUUGAUCAGUGGCACCCUCUGGAUUAAGUACCUUGAAGUCUACAGUCACUACUCACAGUAGGUUGAUGGAGUUCAUUAAUAUGUGUCAUGUGCAGUGUGUUGGCAGUGUUGAGCAAAGAAAAGAACAAUUAAGUUAUGAUUAUUAUUAUGCUAUUUGUUAAGUGCUUACUACGUGUCAAGCACUGUUCUAAACUCUGGGGCAAAUGCAAGUUUAUCAGGCCAUAUACACUCCUUGUUCCACUUGGGGCUCACAGUCUAAAUAGUGGGGAGAACAGGCAUCGAAACAGGCAAGUCGAUGAAAAAUUCCAUUAUUUGGAGCAAUCCAAAGCUGGUGACAGUUUGAAUUUAAGAGGAUGAACACUGCUUUGGGUCAAGAUAAUAGAUUAGGUUUGUUUUUAAUCUGAAAUGUGCCUUAUUUCACUUGUAUUGUUAUGAUUUGGUGUCAUUUUUUUCAAAUGUUACCUUUAUAUUCUGUUUUCAUUGUCAGUCUGGAACCAACAUUUUUUCUAUAGGUUUCUAAAAUUUAGUUUGAAAAUAUAACAAAAUGAAGAACUGAUUAAGAAGUACAAUACAUCAGAAGAAAAUGAACUUUAAAGGUUUAAUAUUUAUCUCAUAUAAAGUGAUUCCUGUUUUAAUAAUUAUUUUGAAAAACUCAAGAUAUUUUUAAAGAAAUUUUGUAAAUACAAAUAGGGUUUAAUUUUUAAACGUUUUUUUUUUUGCCAGUCCCAAAUUUAUACUGUUAACGAUAUCAUUAGCCUUGAUAUUUCAUUUAAAGAAUAAAAGUAAUGCAUAUCAA